GUUAGAGUGGAGUCACUUCGACCAGAACAUCAUAAUGUCUUCUGGAACUACUGCACAAGACCCUACUUGGGGAUCAAGGGAGCAAGGUGAAGAAGCGAAAUACAUUCGUGAGAAGGAGCAAGCCCAGCUUGCUGCCCUCCGCGAGGAGCAGGAAAAGCGCUCUCAUGACAAUACCACAAAGGAUGCCGCUUCAUCCACCAAGGAUCGUGAUUUUGAAGGUGGCUUUGGAGGCCAAGAGGACUUGGAAGAUCGGUACGCAACGACUAGCGGAGAGCACUAGCUUGGGGCUGGCAAUGUUGCAGCAUGCAGGCGUCGUUGAACAAGCAUAAUUAAGUGAAUCAUAAACAUGGCAACAUGAGACACGACGACAGAUGAAACAAAAUGCCAGCUGGAUGGUUAUAUGAAUGGACGCCGUUGUAUGCCCUAUGUAUACCUGCAGAAAAAAUAAUGGUCCAACAAGUGCCUAUGUACCA